AUGGUGAAAGGAGACGUAAAAGACAAGCACGGCGAGACUAUCCAUGAGGGUGAUUAUGUCUUCACCCCCAUCCGUGGUGGUUCACACCAAGGGGAGGUCGAAAGGAUUGUCAUGGAUGAGCAGGAAGCCGAAGAGGAGGGCGUCAAGAACCCACCCAAGGUCUUAUUUCAUGAUCAGCGUGGCAAAAGAGUCGCCCAUGAUCCAGGAACCCUAGAAAAGGUGGAACAUUGA